ACUCGGCUCCAACUCCACGUCGAUAGUAUCCGCAAUUUCUUCACGUCCACCCCCAUCUGCGAAAAAAACUAUUUCUACGCCGAAACUCUGCGUCAUCCCAAGUUUCUUCUUUUCUAAUUCUAUCUCUUCCAACCACAACCGGGUUUCCGGUUUCGGUCCACCCACCCCCCUCUACCGCUCGCGCGUGUGGCAUUCGGCGACUUCACCAGUGUGCUGGCACACGUGAAAGAAGACCGAUGCGGCAGUUUGACUAGCAGCGUUCUGGCUCAUCCACCCUUCGUCGUCGAUACCCGUCUGCUUCAUUGCUCCCACGGGCCGGCUGGUUUGAGCCUCUUUUGACCUCUCGCCCUACCAUCACCACCAUCCAACGCCAUCGGCAAUCACCAAUAAUGGACCUUCACCGCCGCGUCCAAUCCCAGACUUCCUCAACUUCGACUGCAACUCCCUCCAAACAUGCCUUUGAAACGAGGGUGGCCGACGUCAAGUCGCCAAAGAGUGACAUCAAUGCUUUGAUCCUCGACUACCUGAUGAUGGAGGGAUAUCCCAAGGCCGCCGAAAAGUUCCAGAAAGAGGCAAACUUGAAGCCCAGGCAGGAAGACCCUACCAUCAAUGCUCGUCAGCAGAUCCAGCACGCCAUCCAUGUUGGAGACAUCCAAAAGGCCAUCUCUGACCUGAAUGAACUCGACCCUGGUAUUCUGGACAGUGAUCCUCAUCUGCAUUUUUCCCUGCUUCGGUUGCAGCUUAUUGAGCUCAUCCGCAACGCCAGAGGAUAUGAUCCCUCGGCAGCGAUCAACUUUGCCCAGGAGAAGCUUGCCCCUCGUGCUGCCUCCAACGAGCAGUUCCUGAAGGAGCUCGAGAAAACGAUGGCCUUGCUCAUCUUCCCGGCUGAUAAGCUCCAGCCCGACCUGGCCGCGCUCCUCCACUCUGACCUGCGCCGUAACACGGCAGCUCAAGUGAACGAGGUAGUCCUGCAACGACACACGGAGCGGCGUGAAGCUGCCAUCCGUCAACUUGUUCGCAUGCGUGCAUGGGCCGAGGCAUCGUGUCGGUCCAAGAAGAGAAACCUUCCUGACCGUAUCGAGCUUGGUCUCAACGGGGAUGAUAAUGGGCAUGACCCCAUGGUCACAACUUAAAGCCUUGAUGCGCCUUUAGGCUUUGGGGGUUUGCCUUUUGCUUUUUGGGCUUUUUUUUCUUAUACAUGACUGGCGUUUUAUUAUUAUAACUGGAGGUUCAACGGGUUGAAGCAUGCUGAAGGCGUUAGGACAGGCGGUAGAACACGACGCCUUGGGUUGUUAAUGAGGCAGAAAGUAUUGCCAGCGAUUGGGGCAUCGCACUAUUAUUAUCAUCCGGAGAGGGGGUUAUAGCACUUGGUGCUCUAUUGACACAAUACAGUAAUGUUUUGACGGUCAACCUAUGUUCUUCUUCUGCCUCUUGCUGUCUCAAGUGCCAUGUUGACAUGCCCAUAACUCUGGAGAUGUCAGGGUGUUCCUGAUAGACUACGAAUAAA